CAAGCCUCAACAUAAUUCGAUGUUGUCUUCGAUAAUAGAAAAUCGUUAAAUAUUGUAAUUAUUAUCAAUUUUCGUUGUCUAAAAACUAUCAAAAAAGAUGGACUAUGGUAAGAUGAAGGUGGUUGAGCUAAGGGCUGAGCUACAGGCACGAGGAUUGGACACAAAAGGCGUAAAGGCAGCAUUAAUAGAUCGAUUAAAAGAAGCAUUGGAUCUUGAGGAACAACAAACAGAAGGAGGAGCACCAAAAGUAUCAACACCGGCGGCACCUGAGACACCAAGAGCAUUACGUAGAAAUUCCCGUUCACGAACAAGAUCACCAGAACCAGUAGUUGUAAAACCAGUCAUCCAGGAUCCACAAUUACAAGCAGUUUCAGAAGAGCCUGAGGAAGCACCACAGCAAAAAGCAGAACCAGCUGAAAUAUCGAAACCUGCCGAAAGUGAGCAAAAAGAUACUGAAAUGUAUGAGAAAAUAAUCGAUGAGAUGGAUGCUGAUGACAAUAAUCAGCAACAGGAAGAAAUUGAUGAAGAUGCACUUCUUGAAGAAACAGAAAGCAGUGAACAAAAAGAUAAACAAGAACAGCCAGAACAGCCAGAGCAAGAAGACCAAAAUAUGGAAACAGCUGAUGGUGAAGAAAAAGAAAAGGAACAACAAACGACUACAGAUGAAGAGAAUCGUGGCGUCAAAAGACGCUCAAAUUCACCAGCAAAGGGUGAGUCGCCGAAAAAGAAGCAACGACUUCCACCACCAAAUAUUGAUGACUUUGUGAACGAUGAGGAUGAGCCGGAGCUUGAUGAAAAUUCAUUACAAUUAUCAUGGUUUGAUUCUGAUUUAAAUCUCAAAAUUGAUCGUGACACAUUCACGUCUGCAAUAUCACUGUGGGAUACAGGCUUAGCUCUCGUGUGGGCUGGAGCUCGUGCAAAUUAUGGCGCAAUUAAUAACGGAAAAUACUUCUAUGAAGUUCAAAUCCAGGCACAUAACAACAAAAUCAGUUAUCCGAAUGAAAAAAAUCUCCAUGAAAUACGUUGUGGAUGGUCAACGUCGAGGUCAAGUCUCCAGCUAGGAGAGAGUGAAUUUUCAUAUGGACUUGAUUCGUCUGGCAAAAAAUGCUGUAACUCAGAAUUUACUGAAUAUGGAAUUAAAGCAAACGUACACGAUAUUAUUGGUGUUCAUUUAAACUUGACUGAUGACAAGUCCACAAUUCAAUUUACAAUUAACGGAAAGGAUCAGGGAAUUGCAUUUGAAUUUGAAAAGAGUUCAUUAAACAAUGAAGCUUUAUUUCCACACAUUUCGACAAAGAAUAUCGAGUACAAAGUCAACUUUGGUCAACAUGAAGAAUCGUUGUGGAGUUUGCGUCGCGAUGGACACAAAGAAAGUGAAUUGAAGAGACGUCGUAAAGAGUUGGAAAACAAAAAGAAGGAAUUGGAAAAGAAACGAGAAGAUAAGGCAGAAAAAUUGAGGAAGCAAAAAGAGGCAGAAGCUGAAAAGGCUGAAAAGGCUACAACAUCAGCAGAGCAGGCAAAAGAAGAAAACAAAGAGGAAUCGACAGAAGAAAAACCAUCCACAGAAGGUGCAGAAAAAGCAUCAACAGAAGGUACAGAAAAACCAGCUGAAGAAGCUGAAAAGCCAGCCGAAGAAACUGAAAAACCAGCUGAAACAGAACAGACAGCUAUUGCCGAAGAAGUUCCAGAAGAACCUGAACCAGUUUUACCUGAUGAUAUCACAGAAGCUGAAAUUGAUGCUGACACACCACAUAAUAGCUGUUUAGAUGGUUACACUUAUAUUGGAAGCUUGCCAAUUACUGAUCUUUCGAAAGGUCCACGUAGACCAGAAGUAAGAACAGAUUGUGAAGUCAUCAUGAUGAUUGGAUUACCAGGAGCAGGAAAGAGCCAUUGGGCUCUUGAACGAGCCAAAGAAUUCCCAGAAAAACGCUAUACACUGCUAGGCACAAAGUACUUGUUGGAACGAAUGAAGAUUCUUGGUAAGCCACGUAAACCAAACAGUGGACCAGGACGUUGGGAAAAAUUAAUUGAAUUGUGCAAUCGUGGACUUCUGACACUUAACGAAAUUGCUUGCAAACGUCGCCGUAACUAUAUUCUUGAUCAACCACAUGUCUACAUUAGUGAUCAACGUCGUAAGAUGCGUGUCUAUGGAGACUUUAAGAGAAUUGCAGCAAUUAUUGUUCCAGCUGAGGAAGAAUACAAGCGCAGAGCUAAACAACGAUUAGAGACAGAAGGAAAAGAUAUUCCAGAAGCAGCAAUCAAUGAAAUGAGAGCAAACAUUACAUUACCAGAGUUGGAAUACAUGUGGUUUAAUGAAAUUCUCUAUACUGAUCUCGAAAAGGAGCCAGCUGUUGAAGAAGUCAAGAAAGAAAAUGAACGUGGAAAGAAGGCUUUAAAUCAACGUAAUCGUCAGAAUAAUUUCAAUAGACGUGGUGGUAGUGGUGACUUUAAUAAUCGAAAUAAUCGACAAUGGGGUGGACAAGGAGGACAGAAUCGAAAUGACUUCCGUAGAAAUGAUCGCUGGGGCCCACCGAAUCAGAGACAAAUGCCAGGUGCAGGAUAUCGUCGAGACUUUGAUUUUAAUGGUGGACGAGGAAGGAAUAAUUGGUCUGGUCCAGAUAAUUGGAUGAAUCGUCAACGAGGUGGAUAUGGAGGUGCACCACCACCCCGUCCAGGUCAAAAACGUCAACAAGAUAACAGACAGCAAAAUCAACGCAAUGAUCGUAGUAACUUCCGUCAAGGACAGAACCAAGGACAAGGCGGUAGCAAUAACAGCAACCGCAAUAAUCAGAAUCGUAGACAAGAUGGAAAUAAAAAGUUUGGAGGUGGAAAUAAGAAUGAUUGGGCCCAAGGAGGUGGUUGGGGAGGAAAUUGGGGAAAUUAUGGAGGACAAGCAUGGGGUGGCAAUCAAUGGAACCAAAACCAGUAUGGCGGAAGCAAUUCAAGCGCAGACAAUUCCAACGAUCAAAGUCAAUCGUGGAUGACAUAUUACCAGCAGUCACCACAACAGAUAAGUCAAAACUGGUAUAGCGAUACAAAUUAUGGCGGUGCAUUUUCGUCAAACUCCAAUUAUGACAGUAAUCAAUCUAAGCAAUAAUGAUUGAAGAGAUGACUGUAGUCCUAUAAAGAAAGUUUUGUACAUUUUAAGAUAAUUAACAUAGACAUCCACAAUAGGAAGCGCGCAUAACUGCAACAUAAAAUUUCAACCUUCAUUUACUUUUCCAAAUUUUCUUUUUUUUUUUUGUUCACUCUUAGGAAAUAAAUUUAAUUAUUGCAUUACUAAUACAAAUAGAUUUUACAAAACAUGAUGUAAGAAGGUUGACGAGGAAUGAACUUAUCCAUUAAUACACACUAAGUUUAAGUUUAGUACAAAUUUAAAUCUAAAAACGCUAAUAGCUCUUGUGUAAAAGACGAUGAAAGAAACAAAAAAAAAUUAACGAGUGAAAAAAAAUGCAAAUUUUGAACCUUAAAAAAACCCACGUAGUUAAGGAUUAAUAAAUUAUGAAGAAUAUUUACUUACGAAUAGUAAUUUACACGAUGAGGAUACUUUGAUAUAUAUUGAUUGAUUAUAGUGAGGCAUUUCGUGGUAAACGCAUUAAUUCUAACUUACCCUUUUCUUAUUGUUUUUUAUUAUUAUUAUUUUUUUGGGGAAAACUUUAAUUGGAUAAUUGCUUAGAAUUAAUAAAAUACAGAAUAAAUGCAACUGUUAGGCAUAUAAUAAUUAUGUUUGAUCUAUUUAAAGAUUUUAUCAUUAUUUCCUUAGUCUAGAUAGGGGAAAGUUGAGAAUUUUAGACAUUAUAAGAAUGCUAUAUAGUUUAGUGGAUGUCAAGAAGUUCGAUCUUUUGACUAUGAGUACCGCAACUCCAUCCUUAAUGUUUUGUUUUCAAAAUUCUCAACUUUACUCCCCAUACCCUAGUUUGUCACACUUCUCUGUCGUUUCGUUAAGUGGUCCUUCACUUAUGACGUCCGAAAUUAACGGUCAUUUAUCAAUAAUGAACAAUGAAUUUCCAGGAAUUUCUAUUGUUCUUUUCUUGCUGACCCCCCCCCCCCCCUUGGACGUCAUAAGUAAACAGCCCCUAAAUGAAUUUUCAAUUUUUUAUCAUUAUUGGUCUCCUUAAUAUUGUUUUUUUUUGUGCUUUUCCCUCCUUAUUGGCUUUUUUGUCUCAUCAUUUUGAACUUAAUGGAAGGAAUAAAAAACAAAUUUGAUUGAUUAUUUAAUGAUACUUUAGCACUAAUACUUGUAGUACAUAAUUAUGUAUUCUAAUCUUUAAAGUUUUGAUUAUCAUUACUGUAAUUAUAAGACAAACAAGAAGAAAUAAAUGCAAAAAUCAUUUUGUGCAUCAACUUGAUAAUUG